AUGAGGAAGGAAAACCUUACCCAAAUCACCAACAAUUACUUUAUCAAGAAUCUACGCAUAGAAUAGACACAGAAAUCCAGUGCCAAAUAGCUCAAGACCAAUUUCUCUUAGUUGCGAUAGCCCAGAUCUGCUACCAUUGAUGCCAAGAACUCUUAAAAAAGUAUUUUGAGUUCCUUAAAAAUAGAAAUAUCUAGACCCUACGAAUCACUGUAACCAAAACGAUAAACUGUAGUUGAAUCCACUUAGAAUCUGAUUAAAUAAUAUGCCAAUUAAAAGCAGAAGACCAAUGUGGAUAAAAGAAAUUUAUGGCACAAUUUUCUUAACAAUUCCACCAUUGAUUAAUAAGUACGCAGAGCUUAAAGUUCGAGUACUCACAACAUGCGAUAAGAACCUAAAAGCGAUCUCAAAUAUCGAUCUGCUUAAUCCUUGCAUUACAAUCCUGAUUUCCUACAAUUCAAACUAUCUUUUAGCAGCAGAACAAGACAAGGCCAAUUGGCAUCCAAUCCCAAUAAAACUAAUUAAGACACUUUUAUUUGUGAAACCAACAUCGUCUCUGACAUGCAUCUCUUCUCUGUAUGUGAUGGUCACGGAUAAAAUGGGCAUUUUGUUUCAUAAUAUGUUAGAGAUCAUUUCACUAAACUACUAAAAAGAGAUCAUCAACUUAAAUAACAUCCCAGACAAGCCAUAGUUAAAUCCAUCUCUGUCCUAGCUAACCUAAUUAAUUAACAACCAUUUGACACUCAAUUCAGUGGCACCACUAUGAAUGUCAUCUUAAUCCAAGACGGUGGACAUCUAAUCUGUUCCAAUGUCGGAGACAGUAGAGCAAUUGUUGGAAGACUUGGAAACAAUCAAAGAUUCAAACCAUUCCCCCUAUCAAUCGAUCACAAACCAUGCAUUGAAAAAGAAAUGAAUAGAAUACAUAUGCAUGGUGGUAGAGUAGACACUUACUACGAUGAUCAAGGUAAUUCGAUUGGACCAGCUCGAGUUUGGGUUAGAGAUGGAAAUUAUCCAGGAUUGGCCAUGAGUCGUAGUCUUGGUGAUUAGAUUGCACAAUCAGUUGGUGUUUCUAGUGUUCCUGAGAUAUUUGAAUAUUAAUUGACUCCAUAGGAUAAAUUCAUUAUUUUAGGAAGUGAUGGAGUCUGGGAAUUUAUUGAUAAUCAAAGCGUAGUCGAUAUUGUAGGCAGGCAUUAUCUUUAAGGCAAUUUGGAGGGAGCCUGUGAUGAAUUAAUGCAAAUCUCCUAUAAAAUGUGGACUUUAGAAGAUGAUUCAGUAGUUGAUGAUAUUACCUUCAUAGUUAUAUUCAUAAGCUGA